GAAUAAUGAUCCUUCAUUUAUUUGUCUGAGAUGAAAAUAUAUUAUCAUUGAAGGCAUUGUUGAAAACAACCCUGUACAAGAAAGAUUAUGUUGAAGACAGUAUUGGCAUCGCUCCUGUUUGUUCCACUUUCGAUGAGUCUUUCAAUGGACAAUUAUGGCGUAGAAAACAUUUGUGACACAUCGUAUGACGUCAUAAUUGACGAAUCGGCAACGCGGAGCAUCUUGCAUUGUUCUGCACUCUGUUCGAGGUCGAUGUUCUGCCAAUCUUUUAUAUAUAAUAAACAGACAAAAUACUGCAUUACAUCUCCCACCUACUUGAAUCAGACUGACACCGGAUGCGGAAAUGACAUAAGAUACGGUUAUUCACUUUCUCCGCCGCCGAUUUCUAUGGGUUUACCAUGUGAUGUGAAUGCAAGUUGCACAGCCCCACUGACUGAGUGCCGAGAUGGAAUAUGUCAGUGUAUACCUACUUAUGUCUUUAACUAUUCCAAUCUGUCUUGUAUUUUCAUCAAAAAUUGCGCUGAAUAUGGAACUACCUACCAGACAAUGGUAGAUGAAGAAUUCAAAACAAAUGAUUUAGAAAGACUGGAUGGUAUAACAGAAGACGAAUGUGCUACAUAUUGUGCCACAACUACUAGCUAUACAUGCAGACUGUUUUAUUACGACAUUAAGUAUUCCAAGUGUUACUUGUACGAUCUAGAGACGAUCCCGGCGUCAGAGGUGGCCGGAAAUUACGACCCAGAGAAUGGUUGCAUUCUCUAUCAGCGUGACUGUGCUAUGCCUUACGUCUAACUACAUAUCUUAUACAACAUCUGCUUGCAAUCUGCAAGGAGUGUUACAUAGCACUUCAACUUGUUUGUCAUGGAAACAAUAUUCACGUCGAAUCUAUAUUUGCCUAUAUAUGUAUUUGAAGACUCGUUUCAAUACAGUGCUUAUGAAAAAAAGUGACAAUGUAAAUAGCGACAUUGGUUAUAAAACUACCAAAAUCUAAUUACUUUUACAAUCAAGUUCUUCAAUUCAAUUAUUAAUCUUAAUGAGCACAUGCUCAUUGUCAAAAGUUGCGUUUUGUACUUGCGUUUUCCAUUUUUCUAUGUGAAAAAUUGUAAGAAAAUUUUAUGGUUUGAAUGAACAGAAACAUUUCUUCAAAGCAUAGUACUGUAGAUGAAAUUAUCAUUAUUAUUACACAUUUAUAUAUCACUCUUUUCGUGCACAUGUACACAUUCAAAAGUUUUUUUUUCAGAAUACAUUGCAAAAAAUACAACUACAAUUUCAACACUAGCAGAAAAAAUGCCUUUUAACGUUUAACAAAAAGAUGAAUGUAAAACACACAUAUAUAUAUCUUCUUCUUUCUUAACCUAUCCUGCGACGUACCAUAUGAUCUUUUAUCACAUGUUUGACGUGCCAUGAGGGUGAAAUAAAUCCAUUAAUAAUAAGAACUGAGUUCACUUUUCACAUAUUUUUACUUUCCCUUUAACAGUAACAUUAAAAUAUAUACAUUAUUGAUAUCUCACAGGUACCAUAUAAAUAUCUCUCAACAAAAAAGAAUUUUAACAAAAUUUAAUUCUUACAAAAUUAUAAUAUCUGUCAUGUGUCUACGAAUCGGAUAGAAAUAUCCGUCCCGAGGGCACCUGCGCAUUGGGCGGUAAUGAGGCUUGCCGUUGUUUGUUUAAAUGUACAAAUUUAAAUGAAAUGAAAUGUACGGUUCAUAAAAGUGUAGGUGAAAAACUGCGAAAACUCGAAAGUUUUCGUAAUUCUGGAAACUAGAACCUGAUCAACCAUUAAGUUUCAUGUAAAUAUACGAAACCAUGACUGAAUUUUGCCAUUCUCUAUUAAUUUACUGCUAAUACAUAUACAAAUUCUACGCCAGAAAACGGUUGGUUUUAGCAUAUGAUUUUAAAAAUUAGGAGACAAAUUUCUUGCGCUCAUUUUACAUUUCGGCAAGGACGGUCACCUGUUUUUACCAAAUUAGUUUUAAAUUCAAUUUAGAAUAAAUUUUUAAAGCAUAUUCUGGAAUAAUUAAAAGUCAGAUAUCUGUGUCUUUGUG